CACCCAUUUCCUCCCUCUCUCCCCUCCCCCCCCCCCCAGCCGGAGGCUCGGCGGCAAUUCCCCGCCGGCCGGGGCAGCGCUCCCGGGGCGCGGAGGGGACUUGCGCGCUCCCCGCUGCCGCAUGGCCCAGGCUGCCGGCUCUCCGCGCCGCCCCGCCGCGGGCGGGUGCGAGGCGAGCGGUGCGGGAGCGGCGAGAGCCCGCUGGCGGCUGCUCGGACAGGUUCUGAAGAAAAAGCACUUGAAAGAUGUGCAUCUCCAACAAGUGUCUGUAAGAAGGUUUGCAUCGUUCAAACUCUUUUCAGUAGAAGACCAGAAUACAGAAGAGGAAGCUGGGACCUGGGUUCAGUAUAAAAGCAUCUUUUAUCCUGAGUACAGCGUGUCCUUGAGAUUUCACAAUGGACUCUUAAAUGUUAAAGAUGUUCUUACAAGUUUUGACAACACGGGGAAUGUGUGUCUCUGGCCAUCUGAAGAAGUGCUGGCUUACUACUGCCUAAAGCACAAUGAAAUAUUCAGGGACCUUGCUGUGUGUGAGCUAGGGGGUGGCAUGACAUGCUUGGCUGGGCUCAUGGUUGCUAUUUCUGCAGAUGUCAAAGAAGUUCUGUUAACUGAUGGAAAUGAAAAGGCCAUCAAAAAUGUGAAUGAGAUCAUCACAAGAAACCAGAAUGCAGGAGUAUUUAAGGCUCAGAAAGUAUCAAGCUGCAUUUUACGAUGGGAUAAUGAGACAGAUGUCUCUCAACUGGAAGGACAUUUUGACAUUGUUAUGUGUGCUGACUGCCUGUUUCUGGACCAGUACAGAGCUAGCCUUGUUGAUGCAAUAAAGAGAUUACUCCAACCCAGUGGAAAAGCAAUGGUAUUUGCUCCCCUCCGAGGGAAUACUUUAAACCAGUUUUGCAAUCUAGCUGAAAAAGCUGGUUUCUCCAUCCAAAGACAUGAAAAUUAUGAUGAACACAUUUCGAACUUCCACUCCAAGUUGAAAAAUGAAGAAAAAGAUACGUAUGAGGAAAACCUUCAUUACCCUUUUCUUCUCAUUUUAACCAAACAUGGAUAGAAGAUGACACUUUUUUUGUUGUUUUUAAGGUGGACUGCUGAAAAUUAAUGCAUGUAUGUGGAUGGGCAGGGAGUGGGGAGGGUUCAGUUUCCCCCCCUUUUGUUUCUGAGUCAUCAUGAGAGAAAUAUUGCUAAUCUAAAUGUUCAGAAAGAUAUCGUGGCAUGUUUCACAGUGUGUAGACACUGAAACAUCUAUUUUGUAUCAUUUUAGAACUUAUUUUUCCAAUGAUAUUCCAGCCUAAAACCGAUCAGACUUCACAUGUAUGCAUUAACAAAGGUGUAAAGCUAGCUUCCUUUUCUUUUGUGCCUUUAAACUUGCGUUUACUUUGUUAAUCUCUUUAAAUGUUAUUUUGGGUGUGUAUUUGAAAAUAUGUGAAUAAUAUAUUUCAUGGGCUUACAUACCUGAUGUAAAGUAGUAAAUGCAUUGACAUUUAAUCAGUAAGGACAUAGUUGUCUUAAGAUCUUUUAAAAGUGCACCUAUUGAAUGCUCGGAUUUUUCUGCCGCCUUUUUUUUUUUUUUUAAUGCCCCUGUUGAUUUUUCUAUCCACAAUUGAAAUGUCCUCAUUCGCUUCAGUGUUGAAGGCUUUUUUUUAUGUAUGUGUGUAUAUGUGGAUUUUUUCCAGCAGGACUUUUCCUCCUGUAGAGGUAUAAGAAAUCAUGCAUCAGACAAAAGCCUCAUAAACUGACCAUUUGUCCUUUGGACACAAUAGCCUGCCCAGCCCCUCUGCUCCUCCUCUCCAAUUAUGUGUGAUUAGUCUCAGUGUGUUGUGUCAAGAAGGGGGAGUGUGCUGAGUGCUUAUUAUCUGUUUAGGUACAAGAAGAGCACAUUUAGGUUCUGACUAUGAAUGGAAAGUGAGCCUUUAUCAGGACUAAAAUCUAAAUGCUGCUAUCCUAGAAAUCGCUUUAAAAAAAAAUACAUCCCUUCUGAUAAAUCCUGAGAAACACUAUAGCAACUAAAGGAUUUUGUAGUGUAAUCAAACUAUCUCCCGUGAAUUAGUUUAUAGUGUGAUAUAUUGUGGCCCAAGUAUUUGAUAAACGUUUAAUGUGACUUUUCUUUACUGGGAAAGACAAAAAUCCUAUAAAGAAACAGGAGCAAUUUCUUAUUUUCUUAUUAGUUUAAUAGACGAUUUUAAUGACUUCUCAGAAAAAGAACCUGGAUCAUUAAAGAAUCCUGUACAGUCUCUUAAACCAUAACUCUUAAAAUUAUGGAAAAAGAGAGAGAGGCAGAGAGCAUGACUGAGAGAGGGAGGUACUAGAUGCAAGGAAAUGUAGAGGAUCAUGGUGACAUACAUUAAUUAAAGAACUGCAGUUCGGCAAUAAGCAUUCCUCCAUAUUUAACAAACUGGGCAGCAUGUAAACCACGAGCUCAUGAAAGUCCCUUUCUCUUCGCUGUUCUUCUCAAACAAAUUUCUUCACUACCAGUUUGCAUGUCCUUGUAUUCAAUACUUUUUAUGCUCCAUUAGAGCACCUAGAUGGAUCUCAGAAGGCAUAGGUCAAGUCGCAGUUAGAUCAUACAUUUCUUUCUCACAAAAACUUGAAUUGCAAUGCCAAGUGAUGGGCUAACAUCACAAUAACAGCAAUUUAUUCCUCUUUUGAUAAAAAGCAGCCUGUUCUCAGUGUUAGAUAAAGACCAGGGGCAAUGCAAACCAACCAUUUAUCCUGGAACUGAGUAGCAUGUCUCCCCUAUAGCUGGUUUGAGUUUCAUAUUCAAACUCUUGUUAGAAGAUACUUGUCUAGUAAGAAAUCAAAAGCAUUUAGGAGUAAUAUAAAAUUGCUGUGAAGGUGGCUGUAGUUUAAUUAGUUUUGUAUUGUUUGUUCCACACAGCAGUGCCUUUGUUUUCUCUAAAAACAUGUGUAAGGAAAUCUUUAUAAUCAACAAAGGAGUGUGAGAAAUAGUGAAAUAUUAAAAUUUGUGAACCUUUUGUUUUUGAGAGGGCUUGAAUGUCUGCUGUACAGUAAUCUAAUAAAGAUCAUUAGUUUCCAAAAA